CGAGCAGCACCCACUCGCACGAUGACAGUUCCCAUCCAGCGCCCUCUCAAGGGCUCCCGCAUUUCCUCCUUCUACCCCGUGAAGACCCUCCCACCCAUCUCCGCCCUCGACAGCGCAUUUCAACUGCAAGAGUACAUCUCGCUCCUCAUCCGCCUCGACGUCCACGACGUAGAGAAGAUCGUCGCCAUACCUGGAAAGGACCAAAACGACACCUCGGAGAACGGCCCUGCAAAAGCGGAUGAGAAAGACGCGGACAAGGACGCCGCAGGCGGUGUGAAUGUUGACCCCGCGUGCUGGGUAUACGAACACCUACGACGAGUGGCACAAGACCUGUCACAUCCUUUGAUUACGAUGCUCCAGCAGGAGUGCACACGAAGCUCAUGCCCGGAAAUGAAAGCUGGCGAAUGGCUGUAUUUGUGCGUCGCGCAUGGCAAUGACGGUGCCAUGGAGCAAUGUUGUGCCAUAGAUUAUAUCCUGCAUACACUUGAUAGCGCUACCGCGCUGCUGAACUCCCCUCGUGCAUUCCCGUCUCGACUCUCUGUUCCCUCAACGUCCCACCGCCACUUCACCUCACUCUGCCGGCGCCUCGGUCGCAUCUUCGCGCAUGCCUACUUCCACCACCGCGAGGUCUUUGAGCAAGCGGAGGCCGAGUCCUCACUCUACGCACGCUUCCUCGCGCUCGUCAAAUACUUCGACUUAGUCCCGCUCGAGUUCCUUGUCAUCCCGCCGCGCAUGGAGGGCCGCGCGGAGCCCGUCGAGCCGCCGCGCCUGAUGGGUGCCGCACUCGAGCCUCGCCGCGACUCUGUGACAGUCCUACGCCCGAAGAGCCCCCCAGGGCCUGCCGGCGCGGCGCGUGACGGAAGCCCGCGCAAGUUCGGGCGCGCACGCACAGACACGAUGGUGUACAGCGAGGCGUUCAGCGUCGCGGAGGAGCUCGCGAAGGGCGACCUCUCCGAAGUCGACAUCGACCGCGAAAUCGCGGUGGAGCGCGCCGCGUCGGUGCCGGGGGUCAGCGAGCCGUUCGUCCCGCCGAUGCUCGUUGGCCCACAAGGUGCGGUGGAGACGGAGAGCGUGAUCGUUCCUCCGCCGGCCAGCGGUCCAGCGGAGGAAGAGGAAGAGGAGGUCAUUCCGCCGAUGAUGGAGGAGCCAGAAGACGAGGACGCAACCGAAAGCGUGCAGGAGGGCAGCUCCCUUGUUGUUGCCCCCGCGGUGGAAACCCCGUCCGAGGAGCCGGCGAAUGCACCUGAAGAGGCUCCGACAGUGCCGCCUACAGAGGAGGCCGCAUCCGCGCCUGUGACCGAGCCCACUGCCCCUCCUGCACAGGAGGCUGAUGCACCCGUCGAAGCGGAGCCGGCAGCUCCCGCCGAGGCAGAGCCGGAGGCUCCGGUCGCGAAGGAGGACGCGAAGGAGGACGUAGAACUAGAGACCAAUGAGGUCGCACCAGAGACCAAUGAGGCCGCACCAGAGACGGAAGAGGUAGCUGCAGCGGAAGAGGAAACCGAAACGUCCGAGGAGGUGGUGGCUGAGACGGUCCCGGAACCUGCUCCUGCCACGGAGGAAGCAGUAUCAGAGCCGCCUGCGGAGGAAGCUGCAGACCCUAUCGAAGCUGCGAAGCCAAAGGAGGAGUCGGAGGAAAUCGCUGAGACGCCAUCGUACGCUGCGGUGGCGGCUGCGACUGCCGAGUCCGACGAGUCGGAGUCCCCGCAGGCGGACAUCUCGAUAGAGGAAGAGUCGGAGGUCGAGCAGCUGACCGACGCUGCGAAAGAGCCUGAGGCUCCCGCCGCGGAGUCGUGACGUCCCUAGCGCAUUUGGACAUCGUUUUUGGCUGCGUGUAUGUAUACGGUAUACCCGAUAUCGCUCGGGGGUUGUUCGUAGCCUGCGGGCGUAU